AGAAACUGAAGGACUCGCUAACAGUGCGCACAUACUAAGUAGUCAGCACUCUUUACCCAUCGACCAACCCAGCUCCGACGCUUCCUCCCCCAGCCCGCUGCCAGGACAGACAGCCACUACGCCGGGCAGGAGAAGGGGCUGCCGGGCCGGGCCGGGCCGGGCGCUGCUGGGAGGUGUAGUUCGCCUUGCUUUCCCGCCCACAGCAAUGGCUGCCCGCUGAGCAUUUGGAACACACAAGGAGCUGCCAGAGGAAUUGUUAACAUUUUCAUUUCAGCUUCAGCAGAUGCUUCUGCCCCAGUCUGUGCCUUUCGAAGUGUGACACUCGUCAGUGCUGGGUGCAGCCUGCUGCAGGACAGUCACUAUCAGCCUUCAGCCAAGAUGGUGGCGUUUAACUUGAAGGCUUUGGAGAAUUUCCCAUUGCUGAUGUACAUUUUGGCAGCUAAAACACUGAUUCUUUGCUUAGCAUUUGCUGGAGUUAAAAUGUACCAGAGUAAAAAAAUUGAAGAAAAAUUGAAGAGGGAACGUGAAGAGAAAUUGAAGAGAGAAGCAGAGAAGAAGGGUGAUUGAAGAAUCUCUCAGAUUCUGUGACACUUGGCAGCUUGCUUGGAUUCCUUUCCUGGGAGAACGAAGGCUUCUUGUAGAUGAAGGAUAUGUCCAAGGAAUAAAACCCUCCAGAGUAACAUUCACUUAAACUGUUUCUCAACUUUUUGUAUGUACAGCAAAAUAUCUAAGCUUCUAUUUAUGCAAUAAAGAAAACAUUUGUAAAAAAAA